UAGCACUACUCAAAAUAAGUAAGUCGUUCCCGCCAAUCUAAAAUUCUAAACCCUCUCUCUCUUGCCGCGCUCAGGCCUUUAUAAACCAAACACUGCUCAUUUCCUUCAUUUUUUCUUUUUCUUUCCAAAAUCUCAGAAACUCAUUCUCGCAUUUUAAUGGCGAAACCUAAGGAAGACGAGAAAUUGGACGGUUUGGAAAUCAACUCCAUUGGAUCUCUGUACAGCGGGACUUGGGACAAGAAGUACUGGAGCAGCUCUAGGGGAAAAGAUCGAUAUCCUUAUCCUGUAGGGUAUCAAGUUGUUCGAGCAUAUAAUGGGAGCACAUAUAAAAUUGAAAUUCAUGAAGGUCCCAAGGGGCCUUCGUUUGUGAUUUCUUCUGAUGGACAUUCAUGUUCUGGGCAAACUCCAGAUAUUGCAUGGGGGAAAUUUCAAAAGAAUGGUUGCCCUCGCACAAAGACAUUGAAUGGCAAGAGAUUUUCAAGCAAAAUAGAUGGGGUGGAGUUUUUUGGGUUUAAAAAUCAGUUAGUCCAAAGACUACUUCGGGAACUGGUGGCAAAUGUCAAUGGAACUGCAGAGCGAAGUUUGCUUUCCUCCAACUUCUGCAAUGGGGCUUCUAGAACUGAUCAUGACAUUCGACACCCAGAUGUGUGUACAGUUCCUGAUUUGCUACCAUUUUUGGCAAAACCACAGAACACAGGAAAGAGAAGUAGGAAACGUGAAAUCAUAAGUGCAAAGGCAGUUAAUGGGGCUAGACUUAAAAGAUCCCGACCUCAGGAUCUAGUUUCUGAUACUGAUACUUCAAGAUUAACACAAGAGAAUCAGAGGAAUUAUAAUCGUGGGUGUUUCAUGCCUGCCUCUGCUUCAGAAGAAGAGUAUGACGUUUGUAAACAUCCAGGGGCUUUACCAGCAUCAGUGCACUUAAUAUCUGGAAGCAGAGGAGAAAAGAGUCACAUAUCAGUCAAAGAUGAGAUGCCAUUGGAUUCUAUUGGCUUCUCUGAUCAUCUCAGAGAGGAAGCUGUCCCCACUCAAGAAGAGAGGGAGCUCGAUGAUUCUGAGAAUUGUAAAUCUGCCGGAAUCACCAACAACUUGCCUGCAGAGGAGAAACCUCUUGGUAGGUUGCUAGAUACUGAGGUGGAGUACAAUUUUCAAAUUGCAACAGAAAACAAAAAUGGAAAUGCAUUUAUUUCAAAAGACUCUCCAGGUGUUCAGGGUGUUGAUCUAUGUGCACCGGAUACCUUUGAGUGUAUGCAAGAUAAUACUUCUAAUUCUGCUCAAAGUUCCCAGGAUAAGAGUACAUACAGUGUGAAAGAAGCGUUAACUGCAGCUGACUUGAUCAUUUCUGAGGGGUUGGUAGAUGAAUCACAUCUACAGGAAGAAAUAGUCACAUCUAAUUCCAAUGCGAAUUCUGAAAAGAGUGAUUGUGAUUCCGUUGGUCAGGAAAUGGUCAAGUCAAUGAUGACAUUUCUGCUUCCACAAGCAGUUCCUUUGCUCAGGAAUUCCUCUAGGAAGAAAAAGGCUCCAGUUAAGUCUCAGGGGGAAAAUACUGAAGGCGCAUACUUUGAAGAUAUUCCACCUGCUGUAACACUUACGAACAAUGUAUAUUUGGAAAAGGAUGAAAGGAUGCAUAUCCAAAGUACAGCUCUUGGGUCUGGACCAAGUUUUGAACAUACCAAGUCUGUUGUUCCUGACAGUUAUGAGGAUGAACAAUGUGGGGAUCUUGUAACUAAGCAGGUGAUACUGUCUUCUGAUAUUGGUGAAGCCGAUCUAGUUACUUUUGAUAAAGACACCUGUCCUUCCAACGCUUGGGACACUUGGGGACAGCUUAUUGGGCAGAAUAAGCCAUCAGGCUCUCAUGUUGAAACCAAUGGGAGCAAAGACAUCCUUUGUUACAAUGAAGUGCACGUGACUCUGAAUGAAAAGCCUCAGAAGGGUGAUGGAUGUGUAUCUGAGUCCAUUUUGGCUUGCACAUCACAUGGCAAUAAAAUUCUUCCCAAAAACAUUAAUUCUUGUGCUACCUUGGAUGAGAACCUGUUAGAAGUUGAAAUCCUUUCCAAGGAAAACCACCUCAAUACUGUACCUGAUUGUACUGAAGAUAAUAAUACAAGUGACACUAACCAAAGAGCCGUGAUUAAUUCAAAAAUAUCAUCCAAGGAAAUCAGUGUCAAGAGAGGGGUUGCUGAACCUGGCAUUACAUUCUUUACUCAAACACCAAAUAAAGUGUAUAACCGAAAAAAGGUCCAAAAGAUAUCUCCGUUAUCAAGUAAAAAUAUUGUUCCACUCUCAGAAAGUAUCAUAUGCAGAAACCAUGGAGAGCAUCUUGACCCUGAAACAGAUCCUGCCACUGGAACUUUGCUUGCGUCGGAGAUUCAUCAGUUGAAUUCUUCUGAUGACAAAUCAAGUAAAAGGGACUUAUUUGGAGCUCAAGUCAGCCUUGGAGGACAAUUGCAUGGUUCACACACACAGAAUAUGACUAUUAAUACCAAUAUUGCAAAAUACAAUACAGCUGCUGCUAUGUCACAAAAUCAAGCAAUGUCUUUUGCCUCUGAUGACAAGGAUACUUCAUAUGUUUUUCAACCAUCUGGUUCACAUGUAGAAAAAUCUCAAGUUCAUUUUGACGACAAGCCGGUUGGGAACCGGGAUCCUUUGGAUCCAAAUAGUCCUACUUUAUUUCUGAAUCAGAAUACCAGCUUCUGUGAAAAUAACACUUCGAGUGUCAAAGGUGUUCCAACUAGUUUAGACAUUAAACUUCACAGGAAUUUGGAGCUUAAUAGUGAGCUAAAUGGCAUUGUUGAGCUUGUGGGAUGCUAUGUCCACCCCAUGCCUGUUUCUUCAGUAUUCUUGAGCACCAAGGAUAAUGAAAUCUACAUUUGUGUUUUAUGUGGCCUUCUGGUGGAUAGAGACAAAACCCUAUUCAUCUAUAAGUUAUCAAAAGAGGAACCAAGAGUAGGAUGCCCUUCUUUUGUUGGUCACACGUCCAUAACAUUGCCGAGUCUGAAAGAUUAUUUUGGUAGAGAAGUUGAACUGGAAAGAUCUGGUUUGCAGUUUACUCCAGAUGGCCAGCUUCUUGUUUUAUUUGACAGCAUAAAAACACCUUAUUGCAGGGAAGGGAAAAUCCAGUGCUUGUGUUCAACAUGUAAAUCAGACUGCUUCAAGGACAAUGCAGUAAAGAUUGUGCGAGUAAAAUUUGGUUAUGUUUCAGUUAUUGUAAAAUUGACAACAGUUGACAAUUUGCAGUGUAUAUUGGUUUGUGAACCUAAUUAUCUUGUCACUGUCGGAGAGAGUGGGAGACUGCACCUGUGUGUCAUGAAUUCAACAUGGAGUAAAUACACCAUUUGCAGUGCACGGACAGAGGAAUUUAUUUUCCCACCUCGCGACACCGCCUCUCCUGGCAUAAUGGAGUUGAAGAGAAUUCCAAAGUGCGCUUCGCUAGUUGUGGGUCAUAAUGGUUUUGGGGAAUUUAGUAUAUGGGAUAUUUCUAAACGUAUCUUUCUGUCAAGUUUCUCUGCUCCAAGCUCUACAAUUUAUCAAUUCUUUCCAAUCAGUUUGUUUAGUUGGAAAAGAAAAGGCCCUGUUUUUAGCAAUUCUAGUGUUGAUGAAAAUGCCAAAGGGAUUAUGGCUGCAACAAAAAUGCGGUUCUCAGAUAACAGUGAGAAUAGCUCUUUUCUUCCAUUAAAUGGGGAAGAUAUAGCUGUCUGGCUCCUUGUCUCAACUAUUUCUAACUCUGAUGCUCAAAUUAUACCAAGUGAGUGCCAAAAUGAUUCGGUAGGAUGGUGGAGGCUAGCUUUAUUGGUGAAAGAUAUGGUUGUGCUGGGAAGUGCAUUGGAUCCAAGGGCUGUUGCUAUUGGUGCAUCAGCUGGUCAUGGGAUUAUUGGCACAUGUGAUGGACUAGUGUAUAUGUGGGAAUUAUCAACAGGAACUAAACUUGGCAUGUUGCAUCAUUUUAAAGGUGGCAGUGUUUCAUGUGUUGCUACUGAUGAUUCAAGGGCAGGUGCUUUGGCAGUAGCUGGUGAUGGACAGUUGCUGGUUUAUCAGCACACUCAAAGAAAUUCAUCAUCUUAACAAGGGGACAGAUAUGCCAUUUUUUUGUUCCGUGAGCUGUAAUUAAUAUUCUUCAGGCAGUGCAGCCUAGAUUCCUAUAGCUUCGGUUCAGCUUGGUUACAAAUGUACAUUGUUCAAUUUGUUCAUAUGUUCCAUUGAUCUUGAAGAGAUACUGGAUCAAACCGUAUCCAUUUUUGAAAAUGGGGUAUAAAGUUCACUAUCUUUCUUUUCACAAACAAUCAAUUUCUCCCUUAAUAUUUCCCUUUUCUGAUCCAUAAUUGUGAGCAGUACUUUCCAGACCAUAUCAA